AUGAUAAGAGACAUGUAUCCACAAUUAUCAUUAGCUACUGGAAUAUUUUUAUGUGCACUAAUUAGUACAGCAACAGUAGAACGUGAUUUUAGUACAAUGAAUAGAAUAUUAACUGAUUUACGAUAUCGUUUAACAACAGAACAUUUAGAAGAAUUAAUGAGAAUAUCAAUAGAAGGACCAUCUGAUUUAAAUAAUGAUCUAAAAGAUUUAAUUAUUGAUUGUCAUGAAAUGAAUGGAAAUUGGUAUUCGUGGUCAAUAGGUUCAACUCCAAACGAUUAUGUUUUGGCAUGGCGUCAUACUUAUAAUAUAUUAUUAAACAAAGGUAUAGAUGCAACAAGACUUCAAUGGGUUUGGAGUGUAAAUCGUAAGGACUAUGGUCAAUAUACUGCAGAAGAAUAUUGGGUUGGAGAAAAUUAUACACAUUGGCUAGGAAUUAAUGGAUUUAAUGGGGGCUCAAGUGCAAAUUGGAGUAAAUGGGAAUGGCCAAAUGAAAUUCUUGAUAAUAUGAUUGGUCGAUUACACAACUUAUCAUCAACAAAACCGAUGUCCCUGAAUGCAUAUGCAACAGUCGGUGUACGAACAGGAAAUACUACAGAUGUGCAGUCAAAAAAUGAAUGGCUGCGCCAAAUGUGUGAUUAUAUAAAUAACAAUAACAUUAAAAUGGCAUCUUAUAAUAAUGUUGAUGAACCUAACCAGGAUAAUAUGGUGUUUGGUGGUACACACGGUGAUGUAAUUUGGAAUAAUUUUAACGCAUAUUCAGCCUAUAGAAAUUGUUUACAGUCUAAUGAUUGGAUAGAACCAAACAUUACUAAUCCAAGACUUAUUACUGAUGAACAAUUUGCUGGUAGAUUCUCAACUGGAAAAAACAUUUUAAAAAAUCAAGAUACUCUAAAAAUAUUCAUGAUUUCGUUAUUGAUUUUUGUCUUUUUGAGAAUGUAAUUAUUCAAUAAAAUUUAAUAUUCAAUUGUGGUUUUUUUAAACUAGAAAAUUAUGAUCUGAUUCAUAUGAGAUUGUGAGUAAGACUCGCUGAAAAUGUCCAAGGAGAGGUAUGUUCAUAUUCUAAUUUUUACAUCUGUUUAUCUCACAGAUGAAUUAUGUUACCAUAUCUCUAUGAUCAACUAACUAUUCUCCUUUCUCUAGUUGCUUUUACCAUUCUCUCGUCGGUCAGUUAUUAUCAACAAAGAAAAAUUCGAAGAACGAUCCAAUGGUCGAUACUUGGGCGUGAUUGAGGAGGUUAAAAAGCGGACAACUUGUUCUUGUUGCAGUGUUUUGUUUUGAUAAAGUUUUUUAUAUUUGAUGAUAACCAAGUUGAGCAUGCACACACGAAAUGUUUAUUAAGUUUAUAAGUAACUACGAUGUAGUUCAGGUGAAGGCAAGACAUCAUCAUGACUAUACAUAGCCGACCGGUCGGUUUAGGAUUAGGUAUGCACCAAAUCCAAUUCCAAUUCUGGAAUUGGAUUUGACUGGAGGGUGUGGGGUGUGGGUGUGGUUAAGGAGAAGAUGAAUCCACACCCCCGCCGACAUCCACACCCCACACACCCACACCCACGCCCACACACACACCCACACCCCACACCCUACUAUAAUAAAGGCGAUACUUGGGAGCAUAGAUUUAUGUGAAAAUUCUCACCCAAAUGAAAUCAUUCACUUAAUAAGCUUCAUAUUUUUUUUGGAAAAGAGGGUGUAGGUGUUAGACUUCUCUUCACUGAGACUGACACACACACCUAUAAUCUUCAAUGUAUUAGUUUUCUCAUGAUUUUAGUACCUAAAGCCUCGUUCACAAAGGUUAAAAAACUACGUAGAUCUAUUUAUAUAUUUUUAUUAUUGAGUCCUUCACAAUGGAAUUAUUUGAGUUUACUUCCAACAUCGAGACUGGACAAAAAAAACACUCUCAUUAUAUAUUUUUCUCUCGUCAAACAUCACACAACACUUCUACGCAUAUUUAUUUUUCAUUUUCUACAUGAAGGACUCAUAGAACGAAAAAUACCGCAUGUAGUCUUCUGAAAGCUAUUAUUGUCAACACAUAUAAUUACUUUGUUUUUUGCAUUCGCCAUCCUACGACAAAACUGCAUCGCACGUGUACUUUAAUUUAAACUUAAAUUCACUAGUACGUAUGUAUGAGAAAUCAGUUUCAUGAUAAUUAGGCAAUAAUAGUCGAUGUAUUGGCUUGUUAAGAAAUUUUUGUCGUUUUUUUCGUAUUUUCCC